AUGGAGGCUUCCUUGACCCCAACGCCUUCAGGACCCUUUGAUCUUCCCAGGGAGCUUACCGACCACAUUCUGGCCUGUGUCGACUACGAGAGCCUUCUCUGCUUUCGUCAAACAUGUCGUUUAGCCAGCAUGUUGGCCCCCUUUGCUAUGCUGAAGGGCAUUCGCCAAGCCAUCAAAACCAACCUUCUUGCUGAGGAGAACGCGGAUUACAUUCAGCGGGAACGCAAGUACAGCCAUAUGGCACGUUGGGCGCGUGCCUUUCCGAACGAGUAUCGAACAUGGAAUUCUAGCGACACCAUCAGCAAUAUCCACGCCAACUUCAUCACCAAAGCUACACGACUGAACUGCUAUGCUUGCCUUCAGAAUCUACCUCGAGAGUGUUUCACGGACUCGCAGAUUAUGGGAAGCCGAAGUCUGGGUCACAGGGAUGCUAAGAGACGCUUUUGCAAAGUCUGUGGCGUCAAAAAGGGCAUCUGGGAGAAAGGUACAAGCGUCAAGGGGUCGAAGCAUACAUGGAUUGUCUGUAGAGGAUGCGCCGCUAUCGUCAAGGCGGACGCCAGAUACAAGCGAAGAGGCGUUUGCUCCGCGGAAUGCUCCGCGCGGGUAGAGCAUUUGGAAAACAAUGCAGAAAUUGAACCGUCAACCACGCAGGAUUGUGCUCUCACGACUUCACCACCUCCAAGUGUCUGCGCAGACUUACAGGAAAGUGGAACCUCCAGCAGGCGGGCUACCCGAUGCCAACGUUGCUGGUCGAUCAAUCAUACUCAUGAAGCUGCUGACGGUGCCUUGGGACUACGCCUUUGCACCGGCUGCGAAGGUCUUAUCCACUGUCAGCGCUCAGAAGUCGAGGUCAACCCGUGGGGUUGCGGAACUACUGCCUGA